CUCGCUUGAUGGGCCUUAUCAGACCCCACCGGACCACAAGCGGUUCAUUAAUCCCCAACACACACGCAAUCUUCCUGCAAUAAAUCAGAACUAACUCAUACACGUUACACUUGGAAGUAGAAAAAAUACAUAACACAUUUGGGCAAUAGAAAAAGUUUUGAAGACACAAAGGCAUGAAACUUUCCAGGAUUUAUGAAGAGUUAUAAAAUAAUGAUAUCACGGAUAAACCUGAGCUGUACCUGUAUAGGCAAUUAUAAAACUGUAUUUCUGGGCUGCUUCUCACACACCUGCGCGACGAAGCAUGGUACAAAAAAGUGUGCUAAAAUUAGCGUCCGUUAUAGACACCGGACGAUAGCUUGACUGGCGAUUUUUGACACGCACAAAAGAGGUUAUAUGGGACGAUAAAUAUGUAUGUGCCGCCAGAAGUAAACUACUUAUGAUAGUAGUAAUUAAAAAUUUAGAACACUAAAUUUAGCGCAUUUUAGCUCCCAAGCUUCGUCGCGGAGGUGCGGGAAAAGCAUUAUACUGAGUUAGCUUGCCAAAGCUUCGUGUUACAAGGAAAUAAAGUUCAACCACUAAGGAGGAUGGAUCACGUGUAGGUAUUUGAAGCACUAUACAAACUAAACGCCAAAAGCCGACAAACUUUUUGCUAGCGGACUAAUUGACCGUUUAUGUCGGAACAAGUGAGAAAACUUAGCGGCUACAAUAGCAAAAUAAGACAUCAUUACCACAGCUUAAUAUCGUUUAUUAGCAUUAUGUUUUGGCAAUCGUUAUCUUAAAACUAUGUAUAUCACGUACAAUCCUCAAAUGGAAUGCUUUGCUCGCUGACGUGUUCCCUCUCCCUCCAAUAACCCGGGAUCCUUUGAAAGAGACGUGAAGAAGCAACUUACAGGCCGUCAAGGCGGGGGCAAUAGCUGGUUUGGUAGGUAAAGCUCCCAUAUCAGCUAUCUUCGCAUCUGGAUUCGAACAUCGCUUAACAUCAGGUGGGGUAGAGUCAUUGGUCGGACCUAAAUAUAUAUUAGUAAUAUAAAGAAUUAUAAAAAAAAAAUUGCACGAUUCUCCUUAAAAAUGUUUUAUUUGCCUAAAAAAGGACUUGAAAAUCAAGACUGAUUUCCUACAAAAGCCCAGAUAUAUGACGUAAAACACUCACUCCUUUACUUUGGUCCAAAAUCUCAUAUUAAAUUGACGGGAGUAUAUAAAUUCCUGAUCUAGUUCCAUAGUAUGAAUAGUUGUCACAAAUAGGGGUGUCGGUCGGUGCCAAUUAAUUCGCCGGGUGAGCCAAGCGUCGAGAAUUAAUAAUUUAAUGAAUACCGCCACCCCCGUCUUUGUUGCCAAGACGCUGCAAUAAAUUACCGACAACUUCAUUAUUUGGAAACACUUUUCAAUUAGCAUUUACCCUUUGCUAAUGGAAUUUUUUAUCCUGCACUUUAGAAUCUGUCACCUGCGUUUCUGGUACGUUUUAAAGCGAGCGCAAUACUAUAGGAGUGUAUGAAAUGUUCCACCGUUCUUACAUAAUAACGAUUAUUAUUAUAUAUAACGAUAUCGACUUAGCAUGAGCCCACCUUAUAUUAAGUAUAAGUGGAUCUAGAUGGCUGUGAAGUAGAAGCAGUGACUCCAGUCAGAACCGUAUUCUAGUUGUAUGUCGUCUUUAAUGUCUCCUGUAAACGUCAACCGAUGCGUCCGCGGACUUCGAAAGAUGCACCAGCAGAUGGGUCACCACGAGCCGAUUAUACGUCUGAUGACGUCUGAGGUAGGUCAUUCAGUCUGUGUUAAUUCUCGACAGACGCACCAUUGCAAUUGCAAUGCAUGCAACAUUAAAAAAAAUGUUGAGAUCGUAACUGUCGCGUCGCGGCAACUUAUUUAUUUAGUAAUUUUAACUACUACUUAAGGAAUAUCGCAGUAGAGUUAUAAAAAAUAAAUGGAAACUAAGGACCUGGUGGAUGCUGGUUAUUUUUUGGAUUCCACAGGUAGUUUUUUGUUUGAAUACAACUCGAGGAAUUUCAAUGUUUCAUCAGUGCAUAUACAUAUUAGCUAUUUUGGUGUACGAGAGUAAUAAACAAGUGAAAAAAAUUACAAGCACGCUGAUGCGUCGUGAGACGUGUAGGUAGACACAGGCCAGGCGUUUGGCGCUGAAACCUAUUGAUACGUGCCACAAAAACCGACCACAAACGGAUUGGUGGCAGACGCAUCUGCCGACGUUAAAUACCUACCAAAAAUGAGCAAACUACCCCUUCUAUACGUAGGAGGACGCAUCCGAAAAUCGCAACUGCAGAUGCAUCUGUCGACGUGUAGAGGAUAAAGCAUAAUGUUGUAUAUUAUAUCCACCUUAUAGAGGUUCUUGCCGAUUGUUCUUAGUACAAGAUCUCUUACUCCCCCUAUUUUGAACGUUUUCGUAGCUUUUUGACUCUCAGAGUGAUUUUACCAGCUUAGACAUAACAAGCGAUGUUGAUGUUUUAUUUGGAUUUGGAAUUUAAGUUUUUUUGUUUCAGGGCGUGCUAUAGAGCGCGUGUGCACAGGUGCAGACGGAGCGGGUAUGGUGUCAGCGGCUCGCGCGCUUCUCGCCGCUGUCACCCGCGUACUCCUACUCGCCGAUAUGGUCGUGGUGCGACAACUGCUGUUGGCCAAAGACAAGGUGGCGCGCUCCCUCGACCGACUGGAGUCAGUAUCCAACUUCGCGGAAUUCGUGCGAGCGUUUACCGAAUUCGGCGGUGGCAUGGUGGAGCUGGCGCGAUUGACGGCGGAGAGGCGAGCGGACCUGCGCGACGAACGACGGCGGGCGCAAGUCGCAGCCGCCAGGAAUGUUCUUGAGAGGUCUACACUUAUGCUGUUAACAUCGUCUAAGACUUGUCUCCGGCACCCGGGCAGCGCAUCGGCGCGGGAAAACCGCGACACAGUGUUCUGCCAAAUGCGUCGCGCCAUGGACCUCAUACACUACGUGGUGCGCGACGGCCUACCCGGCCACGACGAGCCCUCCCACGAGGCAGCGCAAUGGGAGGCAGGGACCGCGCUAGGGGCUCUUCGGGGCCUGACAGCGCAGGUGCGGACCGCUAGGGCGCGAGGCGGCGCGGACGCAGCAAGGAGAAGAGCACUUGCUUCCACCCUGAGGGCGCUCGUGGAACGAACGCACGACUUCACCGACUCGGCUUAUACCUCACACGAGCAUAGGCAACGAAUCUUAGCGCUCGCGGAGAGAAUAGCGUAUGAGUUGGAGAGACUAGUAGCCGUCGCCGUGUCCAUGGAGGAGCAAGGCACGAGUGGUUCCGGUGCGGCACUAGAGAGUGCCUGCACGGGCGCCACCAGUGCCGCGUCUGACCUGGAGCGGGCGCUGGUGGCGGCGGCGCGGAACCAGGCGCGCGACCUUGCGCCGCUCGCCGAAGAGGCACGCCGGCUCGCGUCAGACCUCGCGCACAUAGCUAGUUCCUGUGGUGAGAGAGAAUCAGAGAGACUGCACAAUAUAGCCAGCCGGCUCCACGAACAAUUAGAUCAUAUAAUAGAGGUAUGCAAACUGCUAAGGCACAUAGCGAUGUCGGAAACACUUCAAGUGAGUGCCAAAUUCGCCGAGAUCAACCUAAGGAUAUACGGUCCACAAGUGGUAACGGCGGCGCGGACGCUAGCCGCCCACCCGGGCAGUGCGGCCGCGCGAGAAAACCUCGACGUAUUCCUGGACAUGUGGGCGUGGUUGCUAGCAGACGCUGCGAGACUAGCGCGGGAACUACUAGACCUUACUGACGACCGGCCGGACAAACAACAGUACAGCAGUCUACCUAGACCGGGGAAACAUGGCACCACGAGUAAACCUCUAAAAGCCGUGCGUCUCGACUCCGAUGAGCAAGCAAAAAUUGCGAAAUCUGGUCUUGAGAUGAAGAUGAUGUCGUCUGAGAUGGAUGCAGAGACUGAGAAGUGGCAAGGUGCAGCCGCUGAUGAAAACAACGACAUUGUGAAGAGGGCGAAAAAUAUGUCUUCCAUGGCCUUCGCUAUGUACCAGUUUACAAAAGGCGAAGGUCGUUUAAAUACUACGCAAGACCUCUUCACACAAGCGGAGUACUUCGCGGAAGAAGCAAAUAGACUUUAUAAAAUAAUACGGCAAUUUUCAUAUCAGGUGCCAGCUGGAACAACAAAAAAGGAACUAUUAGAACACUUAGAUAAAGUACCAACAUAUGUACAACAACUACAGUUCACUGUCAAAGAGCCAACAGUGGGCCGGGCAGCCACUUUCAGCAAAGUGGAUAAUGUUAUCCAAGAAACCAAACACCUCAUGAACGUCAUAAGCAAGGUCGUUACCACCUGCUUUGACUGCGCGAACAAGUACAAACUGGACUUCACGGGUCUGUCAGCGGGCGGGACGGGGUCCGGCGGCGGACGGGGCACGGCACGAGAAGAGGACGGCGGCGGCGGCGUGGGCGGGGACGCCAAGCCGGGGGGGAGUUCGUCCGACACAGCCAUGUGACAGUACGGCAUGGGCCGGCGCGGCAAGGGCGACGCGCGCCGGACCAGGGUCAGCUUCCUCUUGUUUUAAGGACGAACGUCUGAGAAACAACACGUCGCCUGCGGUCGGGAGGACGAGCCUCGCUCUGUGACGUGCAUGACGCUGAUAAAGUCAAUUACUUAGACAAUCCAGUAACCUAAUUCCUUUGUUUUACCCAUAGACAUAGAGGCACCGGGGCGAAAUUGAGAACUCUCGGGAAAAGAGAAAAAACCAGCUAAUACAAAGACGAACUAUGGGCCACCAGAUCGCUUUGUCUCUCUCACACUAAUCUAGCCCAGUUUUACUUGUAGUUAUGGUAGGUUCAGUCCAUGUCUAUUUUUUUUUAUGACAAUUCUUUUCUUGAUAUUUUAUUUUUCAAUUGUUCAGAUAGAAUUUUAGUGAUAUUCAUUUAAUAUUAGUUAUAUUAUAAAUGAAUGUGUACAACGAAUGACCUCUUGUCAGAAUCAUGCAUAUCCAGAUCGAUGUUUUGUCCUAGGGAUCAAAUGUGUCUCUGGCUAUGCUAUGCCGAUUUAAAUAUAGACAUUGAUACAUUUGAUGCUUUAAUACCGACCAUUACCUGCUGUCAAACUGCUGAACAUAUCACAAUGAACCGAGUGAAUGUUCGGUGGAUUGCAGCUUUAUAGUAAUAUGUUAAGAUGAACAGUACGAUAUACAAAUUAGUUUUUGAACAGCACUUGCGACACACAGAUGCGCUAUUCAUGGAGCGCAGAAAUAAGUUUGGACUCCUAAUAAUUAAUUAAGUAGAUCGCAAGCGUGCUCACGCUACGCAUUUGGCUGUGGGUCUAAGUAAUCUAACGUUGUUUAAUAUAAUAACUUGUUACUACUUAGGUCUUUUAAUGUUAACAACACGUGUCAUACUUUUUCGUACGAAUUUCUGUGUAAAACUAUUUAGAUUAGAAAGAAACAUUCGCUGGCACUUGUUGCAGUUACAAAUUUUGCCUCGAUUAUGAUAACUUUGUGAUCAAUAAAUAAGGAGAAGAGUGAAAAUGUACAAUAAUUAAUACUUGUUACACUUUCAUAAUGUUACACAUUGUUACAAUUGAUACGUAAACAAACAACACAAAUGUGCAUAAUUAGUUAUAUACCUACCUUAUUUUAUUUUCCCCACGACCUAUUUAUUAAGUGAAACCUUAUAUAUAAAAUCUGUAUAUCUGUACCUUAUAUCACCCUGCUAAAACUUUGCUUAAUAACUGCGCACCUUCUGUGGUCCUGACGCACUCGUUUUCGUUAUGCACGUACAGCUUCCUACAUUUUUAUUUCAGCAUCAAUGGUGCCCAUUUACUAACAUGCUACCACCACUACAUUCUACUUCAUACCCACACAAUUGUUACUCUAGCAUUCGAUGUUAUGGCAUUAGUCGUUUCUCUUUCAACGAGUUUUGUAAAUAUAAAUUUUAAUAGAGAGUGAAUAUAAUAAUGUUCGACAUGGCCGGUGGCUGAACAUUGCAUGAUUGUGAAUCUAAAUUAUAGAUGUGUGUUGCAUGUGUGUACUUGAUUAUCGUAAUGGAUGUCGUACUUCAUCUUUGUGGCGGAGAAGAUGUUUAACGUUAAGAUGAGGGAACUUGACUCUGGUGGCUACAAGAAAGCACCCCACGUCGCCCGAAACGCCAGUGUUAUAUAGACGCGAGCGCACGGCGAAACGGCCGCCGCGGGCGCAACAAGCAAGCAAUAAUUAUAAAUCCACGCAACUUGCAUUCCUCAACACGAACAGGACCGUAUCUAGACACCUGAAACCUUAUAAAAAAUAUAUUGUAACACUAAUAAAGCCACUUUCAAAGAUAACUCGAUUGAUGAUAGGAUUUUAAUUUGUAUAAAAUUACUAAUAUGUGAGUAAAAUGGUUGUGACGACGUUCAGAAAAUUUAGAGAAAACUCGAGUAUUAACAAUAUACUGAAAAAAAUAGAGGUGCAUUUAUAUUAUUAUUUCGGACGUUAACAUCAUUCUUCAAUAGCAAUUUUGCAGUCGAGUUAAAAAUAAUGUCUCCCUAGUUACGUUCCUGCUUCAGUGAGACGCUGGCUGCAUGUUGAACGCUGAUCAUAUCACGCGGCGUGCAUGUCGCAUCAUCGUGCAUAUCUGGAACGUCGCUGACUCGUUUAUCCAUUACGGCAAUAAUCAACAUAUCACUUAGAAUUGUUAAGAAAUUGUUACUACUGCAAACAGAGACGACACGGUCGUUAUUUAGUGUUUAAGUAGAUUAUUAUAAAGCGACGGUCGAACGUGCCUAUAGGGAAAGGUUUGUUAUUAAUUCUCUUACUUAGGUGUUCUCUGUAUCGUCGAGUAGGUAGGUGCUACAGGCUUUACAAAACUGGUAUUCAUAAUCAAAGAGUGAAGUAGUAAAAAUGCGUAGACUACAACAUUUAACUGCACUUGAUUAUUGUGUUACUUACUUCGUUGUAUUUCUGUCUACUCUUAUUUACAAUGAUAUUGUUCAUGAUUUGUUGUCAAUUACAUCUUGUAAAGCUCUAGUAUUAAUAAGCUUCCAUCCCACCGCUAUCACUUGUCGCUGCGUCCGCGCCGAUCGUCUGUCUCGCUCGCACUUCUAGCGGUCUAUAUAGCACUGCCUGUUUCACUAAUGUAAUCUAAGAAUUUACUCUAACCUAUAUACAAUCUUGGCUUUGGUUUUAUAUUUGUAAAAUCAAAUUGUUAUACCUUACUAUUAACGACUACUCUUAAAUUUAUUGCCUUCUUACUUAAUUUUAUAACGUACUUAGACUAUUCUUAGAUAAGUCCGUUUCAACCUAAUAUGACAGGUUAGGCUAGUUACUAACAAUAUUUUAUUAAUGUAAAGAGCUUGAUAAAAGCUUUAUAUUGAAGUGUUGUGAAUCGAACUUUGUGGCCAUGGUACAUUAGAUUCCAAGUUUAGCAUAAAUUGCUUUGACUAAUAAUACCAUUAAGUUGAUUAAGAGUUUUUCACACAUAAAUUAUUACUAAUACGUGUUUAUGAUUCGAUUAUACAGCACUUUUAAAUGCUUAAUUAAAGGUCACUUCAUAGACCGCUAAUAGCUACUGUGACAAAAUUUUAUAUUCGCCUAAACAUUAUUUAUUAUACUUGAUCUACAUUUCCAUUAAACUUUAAUGUUUAAACCAAAUCUUACACAAUCUUUGAAGUACUAAUUUCCACUGCUUAAAUUUUUAAAUAUUCAACUUCGUAGUUAUACUCUUCUUCAACUUGAACUAACGCACCGGGCAAUAUUUUGAACGUGCCAAACAAAUCACGUAAAGAAAAAAUAGUUAAGAUUGUCGACGGUUUUACUGAACCGAUAUAACUAUUUGUUAAGAAUGUCGUGUUUAAUAUUGGGUAAAUUUGCUUAUAUAGUUUAUGUACUUAUAAAAAGCGAUGCAACGAGAUUUAUUUUACAAAACAUCGUUGUGUGCAGAAUCAUUAUGAAAAAGAUACUUAUUACGUGUUCUGUGACGUAGUAGAGUUUAACGUUGAGAUAUGUAGAACAUUUUAAUAUACAAUAGCUGUGCCAUUGUGCCUCCUCAUGUAGUGAUAACUGUUGGAUUCUAUUCGCCGAGCUAACGGAUGCAACGCCUGAGCUAUACGUGCGUCCCUUAAAAUGUAGGAGUGUGUAAAAAGUUGCUAAUAAAAAUCUAUUUCAUUUAAGCAAUCCCUGCCCAAUUUCCAUACAAAGUGACAUGACUACGUUACAGUUCCUGUCUUUUGAAAUUUUGAUUAGUAUAAUUUUUAUUUUUAGAUCAAGAAAUAAUUUUACAGCUCGAGCACAUUUUCCAUCGUGUGGUAGCAAAAUAUCGACAAAUAUGGAAAAGUUGUCAUCAUGACUAUUACUGUGCUAGCUAUAUGCAGCGCACUAACAGAACACAGAACUAUGUUCUGUUGAUGAACUUGUAUGUGCACUAACAGGUAUAGAUGUUUCUAAAAUAAAAUUGACGGUGUAGCAGUUCUGAUACAAUUCCACUAUGAAUUCCCAUCCUUUCUCCAACUUUUUGUUUGAGGUCCCAGCGCAAUUUGUUCGCGCUUCUUAGCGCCAUAUAAUAUGGCGCGGCGCUAAUGAAAACUAAAAUAUUGAAAUUUUUCUUUGUAUUUUAUUUAGUUUAGUUUUCAGCGAAUACAUAUGACUGUAUGAUGUACGGUCACAGAUAAAAAUAUCAGUACCUAAGUGAGUCGCUCGGCUCUCUUCGUUACAGAUCAUAAAAACUAUAAGCUAGGCAUCAGGCAAUCCAGUUCAGUAUGAAUGACAUAACUUAAUAAGAGGAGUCAAGAUAGUAAUACCGAAAAACCUCAGCUUUGAGACAUUAUACGUAAUUCUUUACGUUUUCACAUUUGUUGAGGAAUUCCAAAUUAUUAGGUACAUACCUACUUAAUAUUUAUACACUCCUGCAUUUUAGUCUAACACAAUUUGACUUCCAUCGCAAUAAAAUACCGUAAUUAUUGGUUAGUGUAUAGUACGUACUUAGAGAUACAGUAAUUUGUGAUAUUACAUUAUACUUUAUGGAGGUCUAGCAAAUUGUCCCGUAAAAUUAUAAACUUAAAAUCACAGGUUUAAAUUUUAAGUGUAACUCGAGUUACACUGGGUUCAGGAACACCAAAGAUAUAGUAAGUUUUAUGCAGUUAAUAAUACAUAGCUAGUUAAAGUAGUCACGGCAAAGCUCGCAAUGUGGACCGAAGGAAACGCGGUGGUUCCCUUUUUCUCCGACUCUUUAUUAAGCUACUUUCUUGAAAAUUCGAAAAUUUAAAUCUACCUAGGUACCAAGUACAAAAAUUUUAGAACAGAUUUAGAAAACGAUUAGAAAAGUUUAGACUGUCAAAAAUAGUAUAAAAUUGAUUUUUCAUACGAUUCUUCGAUGUUUGAUUCAUAAUAAGGGCGCAAGUACCCUUGUGUCAAAUAUUAGAAUGUUCAAAAAAUAAAUACCUGAAAAGGUGAGCUUCCCACUUAUGAUGUAGAUUACUAAAGUUUUAAACCUUUUUGUCUUUUUACCUACGCGUGGUAAGUCUGGAUGAAACGAUGUCGGAAAACAAAUGAACCAAAGUAAUAAUGUGUAGUAACAUUUAGCCUAAUGCAGAUAUGCUGUAUGCUGUAAUAGGAGGUGCAAAGUACCUACUUCUAAUAAUUAUAUUUUUAUUGUUCUCUUGUAUGUAACGUGUAAAGGAUUGUAACCCUGAAGGAGUAAAACCCCGGUAAAUAAUUAGGUACUGUAAAUAAAAUUACUUUUGAUAGAAUAUUAAUCCAAAUGAAGUUAGUUGUUUCACGUAUCGUCGAAUUCAUUAAUUCAAGUAAAUAACAUUUAAUUUAUGUGUAUAAAGAAUAAAGAUUGUAUUGUCGAGAAACUGUUGUGAUUGUUAUAUUUGAAGUUGCAUUUUAAUUGAAAUAAUUAAGUAGAAGUAUAUUUUCCAUAGUGCUGCCAAAGAUAUUAUUAUUAAUAUAAUACCUAGAUGUAGCUACGUUGUUUACAUAACAGAAUAUUUUGAGGUUGUUCGUAAAUUUAUGAAUUGUAUUUUGAUGUGACCGACGAAUGUAUAACACUGUGUAUGUGAUCUAAUACAUCACCAAAUAAAAGUGAUUCAUAUGAAAACAAUUUUCUUAUUUUUGGUACCCUCAAAGCAACGAACUGGAAAUAAUAUGGAAUACGUACUGUGCUAAAAAGUGGUUCCACGCAAAAUGCGAUCAAGUGGGAGGGGCGACAAAAUAUUUUUGUCAGUGUGCGUGUCACGUUAGUAUUGAAGUACAGUUGUAUAAGUUUGAACCCAUGUUUUAGCGGCCUUUAUUAGAGAGUAAUGCUUGCAUACGAUUUCUAAUUUGUUGCUUCACAGCAAUCGAAGUCAGGCAUAAAAUUAAACAAAGUGAGCCUAUAUAUUACGUAUUUAUUU